AUUUUCCUUGCUUCAGUGUAGCGUUCAGUACAACCCGGAAGCGAGGUUUUCCAUGCAUGUUGAUCUGUAUGAGCCGUCGCCUAUGGACAUGCAUUUUUAAAAAUGUUGUCCUCGGGUGACAUUCCGCCCCCCGACAAAGCCCCUCAAAUGAUCUUUCUUUGAUCCCUCCCUCCCGCUUCAUUUGUGGUUCAUCAGUUUCAACUUCCAGUUCACGAUAGCAGCUUCCGGAGAGCGGGAAGUCUCAAGCCACCGCCGGUGAGUGGCCUGAAUUUCCCCGCCACGCCACCGACUUCUCGAGCAGAAAUGGAUAGGAAUGAUUUUCCAAAUGUAUCUUCCCCACAAGAAAUGACUCGGCCAGUUCGGAAGCAGAGUUCUCAAAAAAAAGUUUCUACUCUUACUUCCCUGGAUGAUAGUUUAGGUGGUAUGGCAUCAAGAGUUCCAAUGGUUCCCAGGACACCAGGAUUGUUUACUCACUCUUUUACUCCACAGAGUCGGAGUAAGCAACCAAAUAUGUCUACAAUCCUGGGCACAGGAGGAAAAUCUCCUUAUUUUGUACAAACUCCUGGGCAUCUUGGAAAUGUGUCUAUGGCUACACAAUCUUCUCAAAUCUUCAAGUUAGAUGACAGUGACUGGACAACUGCACUCACACCUCCACAUUCAGUCAUGUUCACAAAUUUAGAGUACAGUGCAACAGAGGAUGUCACUAAGAGUGCUGUUCUGCUGAAUGAGGAUGAUCCUGGAGAAGCAGCUACUAGGGGCAUGUACUCUGAUUUUCUGCAUUUGCUUUUAAAACACACUUCAACUACCAUUUUCGAUCUUGUAGAUGAUUAUGAGGAUACUUGCAGUAGCCAGGUAAACAUUCUUCAAAAAAUAGUGUACCGAGCAACUCCUGGGCAGCAAAAAUUUUCAAAAACUGCCAGUGUUCUAUGGCUUCUCAAGCAAGAGAUGGUAACGUGGAGACUGUUGUCCUCAACUUACAGGGAUAGGAUACAAUCUGCUCUGGAAGAUGAGAAUAUGUUUGACAUUGCAGUUAUAAAUGCUAGUGAAAAGACUGUUGUAAACAACCUGUUCCAGAGAGAUUCAUUGGUUCGACAAAGCCAGUUGGUGGUAGACUGGCUAGAGAGCAUUGCCAAGGAUGAAGUUGGAGACUUCUCUGAUAAUAUUGAAUUUUAUGCAAAAUCUGUAUAUUGGGAGAACACUCUACAUAUCUUGAAGCAGCGACAGUUAAACACAUUUGCUGGCAACUUACGGCCACUAGUGUCUGAAUUAGACCCAGAUGCUCCAAUAAGGCAGAAAAUGCCACUUGAUGAUUUGGACCGGGAAGAUGAUGCAAGGCUACUCAAGUUUCUUUUCACUCUUGUUAGAGCUGGAAUGACAGAUGAGGCCCAGCGACUGUGUAAAAGAUGUGGACAGGCUUGGAGAGCAGCAACUCUUGAAGGGUGGAAACUAUACCAUGAUCCUAAUGUCAGUGGAGGAACAGAACUGGAGCCCGUGGAAGGGAAUCCAUACAGAUGUAUUUGGAAACUAAGUUGCUGGCGACUGGCAGAAAAGGAGCAGUUUGACAAGUAUGAGAGAGCAAUCUAUGCAGCGCUCAGUGGGAACCUGAAACAGCUGCUUCCAGUUUGUGAUACAUGGGAGGAUACAAUUUGGGCAUACUUCAGAGUCAUGGUGGACGCGCUUGUUGAACAGGAAAUUCGUUCAUCAGUGAUGACCACAGAGGAAACACAAGAACUCCCUAGAGAGUAUUUAGAAACAAACUGGACUUUAGAAAAAGUUUUUGAAGAACUUCAAGCAACAGACAAAAAGAGAGUUUUGGAAGAGAAUCAAGAACAUUAUCAUGUGAUUCAAAAGUUUGUUAUCCUGGGAGAUGUAGAUGGGUUGAUGGACGAGUUUAACAAAUGGCUCUCCAAAGACAGGAGCAUGCUUCCAGGGCACCUACUUCGAUUCAUGACUCAUCUCAUUUUAUUUUUCCGCACUUUGGGACUUCAAACAAAAAUGAAGAAACCACUUCAUGGUCGGCGAUUUGACGACAGAGAGGAUGUCAUUUUCGAAGUGGAACAGUGGUUUUCUAGCAAAGCGGAGGACUUCUACAAAGAGGGCUUGAAACAGGAGCAAGUGUCUGUUGAUGUUUUGAAAACCUACAUCCAAUGGUUAAUCUGUGAGAAGCACACAGAUCUUAUAGCCUUUUAUGUCAGCCACUUGCCUCAAGAUGUAGCUGUUGCUCAGUAUGCUGUAUUCUUGGAAGAUGUAACUGAGGCAGAGCAACGCCACCACUGCCUGGAGCUCGCAAAGGAAGCAGGUCUGGAAGUUGCAACCAUAACAAAAACUGUAGUUGAAAAUAUUCGCAGAAAAGAUGCUAGCGAGUUCACCCACCAUGAUCUUGCAAUAGAUACAGGCACAACAGAUGAAGAUCGCUUGAAGAUUGAUGUGAUUGACUGGCUAGUAUUUGAUCCUGCUCAGAGAGCUGAAACACUUAAGCAAAGCAAUGCUAUAAUGAGGAAAUUCUUGGCAUCUAAAAAACACGAAGCAGCCAGAGAUGUAUUUAGAAAGAUUCCACAAGAUUCUAUAGCAGAAAUAUUCAAACAGUGGGAGGAGCAAGGAAUGGAUAGUCCGCUUCCAGCUGAAGAUGACAAUGCUAUUAGAGAGCAUUUGUGUAUUAGAGCAUACCUGGAAGCCCACGAGGCCUUCAAUGAAUGGUUUAAACACAAGAACUCAAUGCCACAAAAGCCUGUCCAGCCUUCACAAGCAAGUUUCACUAAAAAAGUAGCCCAUGAACUUAAAGAGAAGAAGUUUGAGGUAGAUUAUGGUAUUUGGAAAGGUCUUUUGGAUGCCCUGACAGCUGAUGUGAAAGAGAAAAUCUACAAUGUGUUAUUGUUUGUUGAUGGAGGGUGGAUGGUUGAUGUCACAGAGGAUGCUGAAGAGGACCCCGAGCGUACUCAUCAGAUGGUCAUGCUGAGGAAACUUUGCUUGCCAAUGAUGUGCUUCCUCCUUCACACCAUAUUGCAGAGCACAGGACAGUAUCAAGAAGACCUGAGACUUGCUGACUUAAUUGCCUCAGAACGGCACAAACUCUAUAUGGUCUUUUCUAAGGAAGAACUCCGGAAGCUGUUGCAGAACAUAAGAGAGUCUUCUCUCAUGCUUUUGGAUCAAGGUUUUGAUCCUCUUGGAUAUGAAAUCCAGUCUUAGGUACAAUAUUCUAGGUGAUUAAAAAAACAUUGAAUUGUGAUGUUAGUGAACAUAAUGUAUGGUAUGGAAAUGUUGUUUUAACAGUGUACUGACACUAGUAAAACUGAAGACUUUUGUUUAUGUGAAAUGCUUUGAUUAAAUUUGUACAAUGUUUUCUCAAUAAAAUUACAAAUUUGGGUUUAA